GGACAGAUUUUAGUUUACGGAACUGCUAGCAUUUUUGCUAAAAUAUAUUUUUUUCCUCAUUACCUUUACUUUCACUGUACUUUUGAUUUUGGGGCAUGUUUGUGUGAAGAAUCGUUAUUUUAAUGCUGGAUUCUAUCAACUAAGCAAAACUUGGUAUUUGUGUUUGGAACGAAACCGAAGAGUUUGUGAUGCUAGCUGCAUAAAUAAGUUGCAUAUAUGAUGGCAAGAGUUCCUCCUGGAGCAUUUAUUGUCCCUGACUGGCAUCGAUGUAAGGAUAGCAAAGAAUACUUCAACAAAAUUAUACAUAAGAAGAAUCGGAAGAAUUUUGGCCUGUUGGAGUCUCCUGCCAUGCCUCCACAUGCAGCCGUGGAUACACUUGAUUAUAAGAUUUUCAUUUCUGGUAAAAGUGGAGUUGGGAAAACAGCUCUCGCUGCGCGCCUUGCUGGUCUAAAUAUUCCUAAUGUGCACCAUGAAACUACAGGGAUUCAGACGACAGUGGUGUACUGGCCUGUGAAGCUGAGGGAAAAUGGUAGAGUGCUUUUUUUCCGUCUGCAGUUGUGGGACUGUGGAGAGAAUGCCUUACGCAGAUUUGACCAUUUGCUUCCGUCCUGUAAGGAACAGGUGGACGCUGUCCUCUUCCUUUUCUCCUUCACUGACAGGGCAUCCUUCCAAGAUUUGUCAAAUCAAAUUCCUAAAUGGACCGAGUCAACUGACUGUCUUGUCAAAGUGGUGGUUGGUACAAAGUUUGAUCUCUUCAUGCACUGCGACGUAGCAGAGAGGGACGUCAGGAAGUUCCAGGAGACAUGGAGGUUACCUGUGCUCCACUCAGGUGGGGAGGUCAGCGAUGGGCUGGGUGACGUAGCCCCCAUACUCAACUGCCUCGCCGAGAACCUGUGGCAUCAGGACUGUGUUAGAGCUGGAGCAGCUGGUCGGGAACAGCAGCAUGAGACAGGGACUCUACCUUAAAAAUCCCUGAUCAGUCAUUUUGGUGGAGGACAGUCUAACGGGAACGACUGGUAUCUCCUACCUUGUAGUGACGACAACAGGAGCAGCAACCUAAUGGAUAUUUUGUGGUUAAAAAAAAGCUACAAUUUCAAGGCAAAACUCCUUUUCAUGCAUUACAUGAACAGGUUUUUCUGCUUUAGUUAGCUUUCAAAAUCAAAAUUGUUGCUAUACCUGCUGCCUGUGCAGUUUUUCCAACCUCUGAACCUUUGAAUACUUAGAAUCAGCAGUCAUUGGUCUCCAGCUCUCUUCCCAGUUAGACUGUAGCAGAAAAUUCCUCAUUGCAAAUCUUUGUCAGUCUUGUCACGUUAUGGGUUCAACAAGUUAUAAUUUGAGAUGAAACUCUAUCCAUUAUAGGCUUAAGUGAUGAAGUCAGGCCUUAAAUUAACACACUGCUGUAGAUGCUUCAGGAGCCACACUGACACCUCAUUUCAGUGUUUGAGUUUCUGUCUUGCCAUUUCAAUGACCCAUCAUGUCAAAUUAAAAAAUGGUUUAAGUAGAAAAUAAAUAGUACAGCAAAAUA